UUUUUUUUUUUCCCCUCUCUUUUUUUUUUUUUUUUUUUUCCCUUUCCUUUUUCCCUCCCUCUCUCCGGCGGAGCCUCCGCAGCCCUGAUUUGCUGGGAAGCGGCGGAGGCUCGCUCUGGGCAGAGCCGGGCUGCGCUGCCGCUGCUGACGCGUGGCCGCCGCCGCCGGAGCAGCCCAGCGCCCCGGUACCGGUACCGCCGCCACUGGGUGCACCCGCCGCCGCCAAGAAUAACCAACCAUGACUACAGAAUCGGGAUCGGACUCCGAGUCCAAGGAUAAAGAGCAGGAUCAGCAGGAGCGCCCUGCACAGCAAGGGGCGGCGGAGACCCAGCCACAGGACCAGCAGCAGCAGCAGCAGCUGAGCGAAGAGCAUCAAAACGCGCUCGAGCAGUUCUCGGCCGUGGCAGCCCACAGCACACCGGUGAAGAAGGAGCAGGCCACAGACAAAGAACAGGAGUUUGCUGCUGCAAGUGCAAAACAGCUGGAAUACCAGCAGCUGGAAGACGACAAGCUCUCUCAAAAAUCAUCGUCUAGCAAACUUUCCAAGUCUCCUCUAAAGAUCGUCAAGAAACCAAAAAACAUGCAGUGCAAAGUGACACUCCUGGAUGGAUCGGAAUAUGCAUGUGAAGUAGAGAAACGUUCCAGAGGUCAAGUGCUAUUCGACAAAGUGUGCGAGCAUCUGAACCUUUUGGAAAAAGACUACUUUGGGCUAACGUACAGAGACACGGAAAACCAAAAGAAUUGGUUGGACCCUGCCAAGGAAAUCAAGAAGCAGAUCCGAAGUGGUGCUUGGCAGUUUGCAUUUAAUGUGAAAUUCUACCCUCCAGACCCUGCCCAGCUAUCUGAAGAUAUUACCAGGUACUACCUCUGCUUGCAGCUGAGAGAUGACAUCGUGUCGGGUCGGCUGCCCUGCUCGUUUGUCACCCUGGCCCUGCUGGGCUCCUACACUGUGCAGUCAGAGCUCGGCGACUACGACCCCGACGAGUACGGCAGCGACUACGUCAGCGAAUUUCGCUUUGCGCCAAAUCACACUAAGGAGCUGGAGGAUAAAGUGAUCGAGCUGCACAAGAGCCACAGGGGAAUGACACCUGCAGAGGCUGAGAUGCAUUUCCUGGAGAAUGCCAAAAAACUGUCCAUGUAUGGAGUAGAUCUCCAUCAUGCUAAGGAUUCUGAAGGAGUGGAAAUCAUGCUAGGAGUUUGUGCAAGUGGUCUCUUAAUAUAUCGAGACAGACUCAGAAUAAAUAGAUUUGCCUGGCCAAAGGUUCUGAAAAUUUCCUACAAGAGGAACAACUUCUACAUCAAAAUCCGGCCAGGGGAGUUUGAGCAGUUUGAAAGCACUAUUGGGUUUAAGUUGCCAAAUCAUCGUGCUGCAAAGCGCUUAUGGAAAGUGUGUGUUGAGCACCAUACAUUUUUCAGGCUCCUGCUGCCAGAAGCACCUCCAAAGAAGUUCCUCACGCUGGGCUCCAAGUUUCGCUACAGUGGCCGGACGCAGGCCCAGACGAGAAGAGCCAGUGCCCUCAUAGACCGUCCCGCACCUUACUUUGAGCGGUCUUCUAGUAAACGUUACACUAUGUCUCGCAGCUUAGAUGGGGCAUCAGUGAAUGAAAACCAUGAAAUGUACAUGAAGGAUUCUGUGUCUGCUGCAGAGGUUGGUACUGGCCAGUACGCCACAACAAAGGGCAUCUCUCAGACCAACUUGAUAACCACUGUGACUCCAGAGAAAAAGGCAGAAGAAGAGAAAGAUGAUGAAGAGGGGAAAAAGAAAAGAGCAGAGGAAGUCACCCCGGUCUCGGCAAUACGCCAUGACACCAAGCCAUCUUUGCUUGGCACUGACUCCCACCAUCCCUCGCCAUCCUCGCAGCCUGGCCCCCAUGCAUCUUCAGCAAAGCUUCGGAGGAGAUGCAAGGAGAGCGCUCGAACAAAGUCCGUAGGUUGUGAGGCGCCCAAAGAGAGCGCUUCAAAGCACAGCGAGUCAGAGCCAGACUCGGACAGAAAGGGGCGAGUUUGCUCCGCCGAGCAGGACGUGGCUUUCGGCUAUAAGCAAAAAGCUGGCAAAGGCGGAACGCUGUUUUCCUUCUCCUUGCAACUUCCAGAGUCAUUUCCUUCCCUCCUGGAUGAUGACGGCUACCUGUCGCUCCCUAACCUCUCCGAAACCAACCUCCUGCCUGCCAGCGUGCAGCACUACCUUCCCAUCCGCUCCCCCUCCCUGGUGCCUUGCUUCCUCUUCAUUUUUUUCUUUCUGCUCUCUGCCUCUUUCUCAGUGCCAUACGCCCUCACUCUCUCCUUUCCUCUGGCUAUGUGCCUCUGCUACCUGGAGCCCAAGGCGGCCUCCUUGAGUGCCUCACUUGCCAAUGACCUGAGUGACAGUUCAGAGGAAGAGACUGACAGUGAGCAGACGGAUACUGCAGCUGAUGGUGAGACCACUGCCACCGAGUCGGAUCAAGAGGAGGACGGAGAUCUAAAGGCACAGAAUAGUCUGAUUAAGCGAAUACAGGGUGAAAAUGUGUAUGUCAAACAUAGUAAUCUUAUGUUAGAGGACCUAGACAAAACCCAGGAAGAUCUGAUGAAACAUCAGACCAAUAUAAGUGAGCUGAAACGCACCUUCUUGGAAACCUCCACAGAAACGGCUGUGUCUAACGAGUGGGAGAAGAGGCUUUCCACAUCUCCCGUUCGCCUUGCCGCAAGGCAGGAGGAAGCUCCUAUGAUUGAACCACUAGUGCCUGAAGAGACCAAAGAAGAAAGAGAAAAAUCAGAAAAACUCAUAAUUUUGCAGAAGGGAGGUACUACAUUCCUUGAAUUGCAGCCAAGUGUGAUAGAGAAGAAGCUGCAGGAAGGAGAAUCUGCUGGCACUUUGGUUACUUCUCAUCAAAUCAUUAUCCAGAAAAGUAUCCCAUCAUCCCUAGAGACUAAACAGUCCACCAGUGAAAAAAUCUUGGAUGGUUCAGAUAUCUUCAGUUUAAUAGAGUCCGCCAGAAAACCGACUGAGUUCAUAGGAGGGGUUACCUCUACUUCACAUAGCUGGGCUCAGAGAAUAGACACGACGACAACUCAGGAGAUAACUUCCAGUGAAAUGAAGCAAGCAGUUCAGCCACAUCAGGAUACGGUGAAGAAGGUUGUACAGGAGACUGUGGUUAUCGAGGAGAGACACGGCAUGGAUGUGCAUGCGAGCGGGGAGCCUGCUAAAGUGGCCGGACUUGUGCUGGAUGCCCAGGCUGAGGCAGCGUCAGCGGUGGCUGCUGGCGUGAAAGGGAAGGAGGGUUCUGCCGGGACUGAGGGGGCGAAGGAGGAAAAAAGGGAAGAGGCUGGGAAAGCCCUCGCCAAGCAGGAAGGAGUCGCUGCUGCUGCUGCUGCUGCUGCUGCUGCUUCGUGUGAGCAAGCGGAGGAGCACAGUACGACAGCCCACCUUUCAGAAUCUUUGGAAAGAAAACCUCCUUUUGAGUCACCAGUUGUGAAGACUGAGACUAUCAGUUUCAGUAGCGUUUCUGCUGGUGGGGAAAACCUUGAAAUUUCAACAAAGGAAGUGCCAGUAGUCCAUACAGAAACAAAAACCAUUACCUAUGAGUCUUCUCAGGUGGAUUGCAGUGCUGACUCAGAGCCAGGUGUAUUGAUGAGUGCACAAACUAUCACAUCUGAAACCACCAGCACUACAACCACUACACAUAUCACCAAAACUGUGAAAGGAGGCAUCUCAGAGACAAGAAUUGAAAAACGAAUAGUCAUCACAGGAGAUGCAGAUAUUGAUCAUGAUCAGGCGCUGGCUCAGGCAAUUAAAGAAGCCAAAGAGCAGCACCCUGACAUGUCAGUGACCAAAGUAGUGGUACAUAAAGAGACAGAAAUCACACCAGAAGAUGGAGAGGAUUGACCCCAGGAAUAACCUAGAUUCCAUAUGAAUCCAGACAUGCACACCAGUAGGAAUACGAGAGCCUAUACGGAGUCUCAGUUCCAACCUGACUGACUUGUAUCUGUCUAUGGAAAAUUUCAGUACAGAAGAAUUGAUCUUGACCGUUAAUAAAGAAACUGGCAGAGACACCUUCCCAUAGAAAGCAAUCUGAAUCAGCAGCAGUUAAACAAUAUUGCAUGAAGCAACGAUACAAUUACAGAAAAGCAGCAUUUUUAAUUUUCUUAAAAUGUCUUAAGUUUUCAGCUAUACCUGCACGUUCAUAAACAAUAUAAACAGUGAUCUCAUGUAACACAUAAACAGUUCAUGCCUUUCACAGUUUAUGAAAGUCUAAACAAAUUAAAAUUUGUUAGGUGGCAAGCCUUUUGUUUACGGAUAUUGUAAAUGAAGAUUACCCCCAAAAUGCUAGAAGCUGUAUAGGUACUGUGUUUAAUGUUUUACCACACAAUAGAUGUGCCAAUAACACAGUUUAUUCAGUAAACAACUUGAAUCUUAUAUUUGUUUCAUCUGGUUUUAUUACUGCCCGAUAAACGAUGACAAAACUUUACUCUUAUCAAAAUAUUUAAAUGCUUACAAAGUGUGCUUUGUAUACCUGACUGAAUACCUUAUGAGGUAGUAAUGGUUUUAGUAUAUUAACUUUAACGAUUUUUGUCAACAUUGUUCAGAGUCAGCUUCCAGUCACCCUUCACAGAUCCUAACCUUGUAAAUUAUAUGUAGUUAUUUUGGAGGAAAAAAAUCUGUAUUUUACUUAGUUUGCAGCAUUAGAAAAUUAUUAAUCUGAAAUAACUGUGAUGGUUUUCUAUUGAUUUCCCUUUUGUUCUCAGAGGAAAAAAAAGGAAAAAAAAAAAAAAAGUUCUAUUUGAGAAUCUGGUCAGCAUUUACUAUCUAGUUCAGAGUCAAGCCUUAACCUGUACAGAACGUCCACUGAAAACUCGUUAGUGUCCAGCUAUAAUACCCACGAAGGGAUAGCGUCCAUUACACUGUCAGCUGCAUCACAACACAUGGUGAAUGUAUGUUUCUGCAUAGUGAAAUAAAAGUGGUAAAUGCAUC